AUUCAAUCAUCAUCAUCAUCAUUGGUUAGUGUUGUAUCACUGAAAAAAAAAUAUAUGUAUAUAAAAACAUAUUAUACAGCCAGGAUGCUGUCUAAUACCGUUUUGCAGGCGAAUAAAAAUUGAGACAUGCUUGUUUGGCAUCAAACACUAGUCCUGUAAAAUUUUAUUUACCUUGUCAAACAGAAUUAUCUAUUUCCUCAUGUAACAAGAUAUCUACAUGCACUGGAUUAACAUAUUACACAACAGUCGACAAUUGAAAGACUAUGACUUUGUAAAAAGUGAAACAUGCACGCCUCUGUCUAAUUUAAGUAUUUACACCAAAUCGAUAAAUACUGUAAACACUAUCAAUCAACAGAAUUACAGUAAUAACCAAACAAUCGAUGAUUUAGACACAUACACAGAGCCCAGGAAGUUGUCCUUUAGUGAAACAAGAAGGAAAGCAAGGUGGAAAAACAAUUCAAAUCCGAUCAACAGUUACCGGUCAUUUACACCAUAUGAUACAAGACCGAAGAAACGACAUGUAUCUCAUAGCAAACCGCCUUGGAGGUUUUCUAAGUAUGAGAAACCACCAGAGGUAUUUUUGAAUACUAGUCAACACUCUAUAAAUAACAGACAAGUAGAAAAUGUGACUAAACGAGAGACUCUGAGGUCAACAACACGAAGAAGACCACACAGUACAACACAUCAACAAAACUUUUCCAGACUAGGCAGGAAAAGUGUUGAUCGGAAAAAAUAUAUUCGUAAUCAGUCGAGUGACGAAAGUCCUAGUGAUUGCUAUCAAGAUAAAAUUACGUAUGACAAAAAUUCCUUUGGAACCAGUUCAGACAGUAGUACAGGCUUUGACAGUACAGUGAAUGUAGGAUCUAAUCGAAGACAAAGUGUUAGACGUUCUAAAAGUGGAUCCCAUGGAAGUAUUUCUGAUUUCGUAACACGACCUGCUAGUGAAUUUACAAACUGUGUGCAUGAUAAAGUUACGCAAACCUCUGUUAUUCGAAAUUCUUAUGAUGAAGAAUUUCCUACAAUCAGUCCAUUCAUUGAAAAAAGUGACACAUGCUCUCUGUGUUUAUACCGGCAUCUUAAUAAGGUAUGUGCUAAAAGGCCAAUCACUUUAAGUCAUUCAGUCAACAGAAAAAAUAGCGGAGUAUUCACAGUAAAUUAUGAUGCAACAGGGCAGGAUGAAGUAUGUUUAAACAGUUCCAAUUUGAGGAAGCGGUUUUCUUUUACACAUGAAACAAACAUCUCAAUUCCACCUUCAACAUCCAUAGACAGACAGGCGUGUACACUGAUAAAUCAGCAGUCGCCUCCAUAUUUAUCUGUAAAUGAUACGCCGUACUAUUCACGAUCACCGAAUAGUUGGUGCAGUGAAAGUAGAUUACAUGGGCCAACUACAUGUUAUCCUGUUUGCAAUCCACCCUAUUGUUCCGACUUAACAAACAGUCAAAGUGAAGUUACCGCGGUCAGUCAAAAAUCAAAAUACUUAGACCAACAAGAUGGUGACAAACUUCUUAACAGAUUUAAGCUGAAAGAUUUGCACACGACAGAAAAAUAUUCCGGCAAGGACAAACCAAUAACGAGUACAAAUGUAAAUGCCAAUAAAACAUUUGUUUCCAAUCAAAAACAAUAUCAUGUUCCUCAUUCCCACUACCAUCAAUAUCAGGAGGUGGAUAGAAAUACACAAGAACACAAUAACACUUCUUCAAAUACAACUAACUUAGUCAGUUUAAACACUGCGAAAACAAACUGUUCACCUCAUAAUCAUCAAAACGACUCCUCACACUGGUCACAUGUGUUUACACUUUAUUCAUCAAAGCCGUUAGAUGAUAAUGAAUACAUUAUCAGCUCUUGUAAGCACAUGCCAAUCGUGUGUGAAUGCUCGCAUGAUUCUAUGGUGAAAAUUAACCAUGCAUGCAACACAACGACCAACGAAACUUCAGACAGUGGUACAAUGCACAAAUAUCAUCUGGUACACUGGUCUGAUUUGGAGAAAAAUCAAAACGCAAAAAAUGGUAAAACUGUUUCUGAUUCACCGGAGAAACACCGCAUAACUGGUGAAUGUGCAAAGUGUCCAUGCCAUCAAACAGAAAAUACUCCCACUGCUAAUACUAACCCAGCUAAUAAUAUUAAUAAUAAUAACUAG